AUGGGAAGGGGUCAACAAACACCAAAUCCUGCCAAAGCAGCGAAAAAAGCGUUGGACAAAGGGAGUCAUUUGAAUCGUCAGGAUGAUAGCCGUCGUAAAAACUAUCGUCAAGAACGGUUAGAAAAUAGAAAAGUAUUGAAGAAUGUCAAAUUCGAAGAUAAGAACGAAAUCGAAGCAAUUGGAGAUCAAGUGGUGGUGGUGCCAAAAAAGAAGUUUUAUCGCCAGCGAGCCCAUUCAAAUCCGUUCUCUGAUCACAGAUUAGAUUAUCCAACCAGACCCGAAGACAUGGAUUGGACAAGAUUUUUUCCACAAUAUACCUCCAGUGAUGAUAAGAAACAAUUGGUCAAACCGGUGACAAUUGCCGAUGUUGGUUGUGGAUACGGGGGGCUUCUUGUACAACUUGCCCCAUUGUUCCCAGACAAUUUGAUUAUGGGGAUGGAAAUUAGGGUUCAGGUCACUGAAUAUGUCGAGGACAGGAUUUUUGCCUUGAGAUCGCAAAAUUUGGAUAAAGCAAACAAGUUAUACCAGAAUGUGUCGGUGAUGAGAGGUAAUGCCAUGAAGUUUUUGCCAAAUUUUUACCACCGUGCUCAACUAGAAAAAAUGUUUUUCUGUUUUCCUGAUCCUCAUUUCAAAAAUAGAAAACAUAAAGCCCGAAUCAUCACGAAUACUUUAUUAUCAGAAUACGCUUACGUGUUGAAAGACGGCGGAAUCAUAUACACUAUCACCGAUGUGCUUGAUUUACACGAAUGGAUGGUAAAACAUUUGGAUUACCACCCGUUGUUCGAGAGAUUAACCAAGGAAGAAGAAGCGCAAGACGUUUGUGUAGAAACCAUGAUGAAUGCUACAGAAGAAGGUCAAAAGGUUUCUAGAAAUAAAGGUAGCAAAUACGUGGCUUGCUAUAGACGUUUACCAAACCCAGAACUAUAG